AAUUCAAGUACUUCAGUGGGUCGUGUUCCUCUAGGGAAGCACUAUAAAUACCCCUUCAUAGGUUCACACUUUUUUCAUUCCAAGAAAUAAAAAAACAUUUCUUCUCUCAUAUAAUCUCUCCUCUCUUUCAAAUCUAAUUACAAAUUCCAUCUUUCUCAAUCAGAAACCAAAUCAAACAAUUCUCGAAUCUAUAAGAAUUUAGUUGAGAAGAAAAAAAAUGGAGCAAAAUUUGCCAGUUAUAGCAAAGAAAUUCUGGAAUAUAGUGCGAAUAGCUUUCUUCAUGCUGAGAAAAGGAAUCUCAAAGAAAAAAUUCAUGCUCGAUUUCAACUUACUCAUGAAGCGUGGAAAAAUCGCUAGCAAAGCCGCAUUUCAUAAUCUCAUGUUUCACCACGCGCACCAAUUUUCUUCAUCGUCUUCAUCAUCAGCUUCUUCUUCAACUCCCGAAUCCGUGUGUGCACGCGCUCCAUCCAGCGAGUACGAGUUCAGUUGCAGUAACAGCCCAGCGUACCCAGCUUUUCACCUUCCGUUCAACUUCAACAAGCGCGGUAAGCACCACGCUCAUCUCUUUCCGUGUGCACACGCUCCGGCCACCGCAGACGACGAUGUUGUUGUGAUGAAUGCUGCUGUGAUGAAGGCUUUGGAAAUGAUUCAGAGUGCUAAUGCAUCGCCGGCGAAUAAUCUGCCCGGAUUUGGAAGGACUCCGACGGUGAGGCAGUUGAGGAUUACCGAUUCUCCGUUUCCGCUGAAAGAUGUUGAAGAAGAUAGUCAAGUUGAUGAAGCUGCUGAGAAAUUUAUUUCGAAAUUCUACAGGGAUUUGAUGAGGCAAUCUUCCCCUGGUGGUGCUUAAGCCCGAACUCUCUCAGAUCUCUUGUUGCUAGUAUAUAAAUAUAUAUAUUUAUUUCUAUUGAGAAUUUCAUGCAUGUGGCGGAGAUGGUGGCCAAUGCAAUAACAAACAACGACGCAGGAACUAUCAGCUGGAAGUUUCAGUGUUGUAAAGUGUGUGAAGAAGAUUGGGAGCUAUGAAGAGUGUAUAUGCUUUUAUUGCAUGUAUAAAAUUUCUUCUUUCAUGGGA